AUGCCGCUGUCAGCGCCGCUGCACAAACUGCUCUGCGUGUGCCACAUUGUCAGCUUCUUCGAUUACCAGAAGAAAGUGUGCCACCUGCUGUGCCUGUACAAUCUGCGUUACAAUGAGGACACUCAGAAGUUCGGCUUUUUCGUUAUCUACUGGCAAAUAGAAUCCUUGAAAAAUGAUAUUCAGCGCUGGACUGUAUUUACCUGUCUGCUGGGUUGGCAUUUGCAGCUUUUGCUCCUCGUAAACAGCUACAUUUGGCUGCACUCCAUUUACGUGGUUGUGAAUCAGGUAUUAACUGCGGAGCUGAGGAAUAAACAGCGCUGGAAAAUGCUCAAGAUUGUACUGAAAGAACACAGUCGUUUGGGGAAGAUUCAACGAGAUAUAUCUCACUAUUUCAGUGUCUAUAUAUCAUCUGUGACCUUGCUCAUAUCAAUCAUAUUCUACAGAUCAGUAAUCUUUGAAGCCGGCUUCGACUGGGAUCAAAAUCGAUUGGUGUUGCUGAGAUUGGAGAGUUGGCAAAUCAGAUAUCUCUUAAAUAUAGUCCUCCUAAUAGGCACUCUAUUAAUGGUUGUUUGGGACUAUAAGUCGCAAAGGGACAAGUUUUUGAGGGCUCUUUGGCAGACCCAGGAAAUAUGUCAGAGAACAUGGGAUAGCAGGAAUACAAAGCGCUGCAAGCAGACCCAAGACAUGAUGGACAUGAUGAUCCUAACUGGAAAUACACCUAGAGAUAUGGUCUGUACAAAACUGAUUCUUUGGGAACUUAGGAUCAAAGAGGCCACCGUACUUACUCUGGAGACCGCUUUCUUCACGAACUACUUUUUACUGCUGAUGCUGACAGUGUGCCUUAUACCCAUUGUGGCUAUCUCGAAUGGAUUUGAAAUCGGCCUUGAGAAAAAGCUCCUAAAUUACACAUACUUCGAAACAUAUUCAGAGGCUUCGGAGGCUAUGAGCCUAACUAUCGAAAACUUAACGUUGGAUACCUAUAUUUUGAGUCAUGCACUGGGCGGGUAA